AUUUUUAAGUACCUUUUGUACGUUUAUUCUUAAGACAUGACAAUUGACAACCUUUGAUGGACGAUAUUGAGACCGUUUUUGAAAUCUUACUACCAAUUCUAUUUUUAUAAUAGAAUAAAGAAUCAUAUUCGAAUAGCGAUAAUAUCAUAUUUAAGUUUAUAAGAAUUUAUUAUGGAAGGCGAUAAGGCAGAUGAAACAAAAUCUUUUUCCGGAAUUCCUGAAGCAGUGUUUGUGGACAAUGUGGAUGAGUUUAUGAACCUACCAGAAAACUCUGGUGGUGUUGAAAAAGUAUUAAGACAGUUGGAUGAGCAACAUGGUAAAUAUAAAUUCAUGGAAUAUACACUCAAUACAAAGAGAAGGCGCCUUCGGCAGCAAAUCCCGGACUUGGCCAGAUCACUAGAUGUGAUUGAAAAGUUGAGGUCACAAAAAGAAGACAUGGACACACAGUUCCUUCUCAGUGAUCAAGUUUUUGUAAAGGCAAAUAUUAAACCAACAAAAACUGUUUGUUUAUGGCUCGGAGCAAAUGUAAUGUUGGAGUAUUCUUUGGAAGAUGCUGAAAAACUCCUCACUACCAAUAUGGCUACAGCGAAAAAAAAUCUUGCAUGUGUAGAACAUGAUUUAGAUUUUUUGAGAGAUCAAUGGACAACAACAGAAGUAAAUAUGGCCAGAGUUUACAAUUGGGAUGUCAAGAGGCGUCAGGCUGCUAAAGGCGCCUGUUGAUUAAAAUUGAUUUAAUAAUUAUUAUAAAUAAAUGCAUUAAUUCUAUCUAUUUACUAUUAGUUCACAAAUCAUA